AUGGAGAGUGGGUUCUGUCUGCUGUCAAGAUUAGCUAUCAGGCGACUUGUCAUUUCAGAGGAGCUAUGGAUGCUACCUUUGGAAUGCAAGAACUUCACUGAUCAUUUGCUGUCGUCGGUUGCUAAUGCGAGACGGACGCCACCAGCUCAAUAUCCUGAGAAAGGUUUUGGCGGUGAACAGCACUGCGACGAACUGCAAUUAGCAUAUCGAUAUUUGAAUACGCCUUUCGAAAAAGCAUUGAACUUGACAGAUAACGCAUCGGAAUACUGCAUCUACGAAAUUCUCGGGAUCACCGAAGUUGGGGAACAAUUAGAGGCGCAGCAUGGCAUUGAUUCGUAUGUCAUACUGGGAAGGCUUGGACGUGAUGGUAUGAUAGCCGAGCGAUACACCCGGUCGAAACAUGCCCCAGAUUGA